AUGAAGGUGGACGCGGACGGCCCCCUCGAGCACUUCACGCUGGGGCUCAAGAUCUGCAAGAGGUGCUUCAACUUCUGCGACGAAUGCUUGCCUGGCACCCCCGUGCCAGAGAUCUGUGAGAUGACGCGGGCUGAAGAUAGCGAGGACAUCAAGGGGGCGUUGGACGCCUUCGACAACGAGAAGAAGGUAGAGGAGCUCAACGCCCGUUCGUUGACAGGCCAUCGCGAGGACGCCCGCGGAGCCGAGCUGCACGUGAAGCACCUCGCUUUGACAGCGAAGGAAGUGCAGAAUGAAUACAACAAGCCGCCCAAGACCCUCGGCAUGGUGGCCUACGACAUGGGAGCGACUGGCAUGGAUCUGAUCUACUUCGUGAAGUGCUGCCCUGAGCUGGAGGGCAAGUGCCCCGUCAUCAAGAUUUACUUGGUGAGCGGCCAGGAGAAGGCCGACCAGAUGAAGCUGAAGACCAGCCAGAGGAAGGGCCCGAACAAAGGCCCAGACGCGCCUGGAGGCAUCUACAACGAGGACGGCGACAUGGACGGGGGGAGCGACGCCGUGGACGACGACGUGGAGGGGAUUAGCGACGCCGAGACCCUCCGCCUGGGCGGCGCGCCGAGCGGCGCUGCCUCUUGCGCUUCGGGCCCGACUGGCACCGCGCCUUCCACGGUGACGAAGAGGGCUCGGGAUUCAGAAUCCCACCUCUCCAGUUCGGGUAAGGAGUUGAAGCCAGAGGAGGAGGAGCCGAACCCGCACCAGGUGGGCUCCUACCAGCACUGGCUUCACGAGCUCAAGUUCGAGAAAGCGCUCGACGGAGACUCCCUCGGAAGACAAAUGCGACAGUCCAAGGAUAAGUUGCCGAAGCUGCCCGACGACCAGAAGACGAUCCCCAGCAGGAGGUUGGAACUGGCAGAGAAUGCGGUCAAGCUCAGCAACCAGAAGCUGCACACCAUGAAGGACGAGGAGUUCACGCACGCCUACAAUCUCUGGGAGCGCGUGCUUUCGAAGGAUUCGCCCGACCUCGACAAGGACGUCAGCUCGUUGAUCGAUCCAGCGGUAUUGUGGCAUAAACCAUCUCAGAAGCAGGAGCUGGUAAACAAGUUCGACCCCCUUAAGCCCACGCUGCUCGGCAUCGGCGCCGGCGACAACAAGGCGGCCCAGGUGUUCAUGGAGCCCCUGUUCGGCAAGAGCUUCCUGAAGAUCAUCGAGAUGGGCGAGGAUGGAGACACCAUCAUCAAGGAGUUGUCCGAGACGGCUUGCCGUCUUUGGCCCCUGACAGAGGAUGCCGAGAUAGGCGACGUAUCUGCCGCCGCCCACGUGGAGGCGAUGAAGGUUCUCGGCGCCCUGGCGAGCGCGAUGGACACCGGCGUCGACGCGGGCGCGGACUUCGACGCGGUGUCCGAGGCCAAGGAGUUCGAGGCGGAAGCGUACAAGACUGACGGUUGA